AUGACUCACGCAGACCAGCUGCCCGCCUCUUUCAGCUUAUUCAUCGCCACACCGAGAGCCAUUUACGCGCACAGCGGCGCAUUCCGAAAGCGCACCCUCUUCGAAUGCACCUCCGACGGAAUUGUAAAUGCUCGAGCUGCAAAAGACAAUAGCAGCCUGCUCGCUGUCGCGGACAGUCAGCUCGUCAUUCUCCACGACCCAGCGCGCAGAGGCGAUAGGAAGUAUGCGUUAAAGAGUUACGAGGGCGAGCCGAGAUUGUUGGUGUUCUCGCCGGAUUCGCGCACGCUCUACUUCACUACUACGCUGAGCACAUCGAUACAGGCGUAUUGCAUCCCGACGGGGGAGCUGCUGCCGCCGCCGCAGAUUCAUCCUUCCCCGCCGACAAUUUUGUCUAUCUCGUCGGAUGGAAACAUUUUGCUUUCGGCGAGCUCAGCGCCACCAAAGAUAUACCUGCAGGAUUUGAGGUUUGGGGGAAGCGCAUCCGUGAGCUUCCAGCCAGCGGAUGCGAGAUCAUCUGCUGUUUUCGCUACGUUCCAGCGGUACGAAGGGAGGAACCCGUCUUACACUUCCUUUUUUCUGGGAUUCCAAGACGGCACUCUUUCACUGUACAGGCUGGUCCUUCCCACGCGCCGCCAUUCGUAUCAGGGUGUGUAUCUCAACCAGACGCAAGCGUUCCUUCUUCAGCCGACUCGAUUAGGGUGCAUCAAGAAGCUCCAUAAGCCAGCGAUGGGUGGAGUCACUGCGGCGGAAUUCAUCCCUGGCUACAAGGCACGCGCAAUUAGUGUGGGCCAUGAUGGGCGCUGUCGACUAGUUGACUUUAAAGGUCGCGGACGUGUGCUCAGGACUUAG